AUGGCUACAUUGAGAAGUCUGAAGAUUAAGACGAGUACAUGCAAACGACUUGUGAAGGAGCUAGAUUCUUAUGAAAAGGAAGUUCUGAGAGAAUCUGCCAAAACAGCUGAUAUGAAGGACAAAGGAGCUGACCCUUAUGAUAUCAAACAACAGGAAAAUGUGCUGGCUGAGUCUAGGAUGAUGCUUCCUGACUCCAGGAAGCGUCUGGAGGCCGCUUUGGAAGGCUUGAAAGCAACAUUGGCCGAGUUGUUGGAUGAGACUGAGGAAAAGGAAGGCCCUGAAAUUGAUGAUGCUCGAAACACCAUUGCAGAAGUUGAAAAUGUAUUUGAAACACCAUAA